AUGCCGGUCAAGCUGCGCGUUGGGAUCAUUGGCGGGGGCGCGGCGGGCCUCAUCACGGCCAAGUGCCUGCGCGAAGGGGGGCACAAGGUCACUGUGUUUGAAAAGACGGGUCAUGUGGGAGGCCUGUGGAAGUACAGCGCGACGGCGUCGUCCGGGGUGUACAAGUCGCUGCGCACGAACCUACCGACUGCGAUCAUGCAGCUCAAGGACUUUCCGUUCCAAAAGGGGCUGCCGAGCUUCCCGUCCCAUGCCGACGUGCUCCAGUACCUCGAACGUUACUGCAAACACUACCGAGUCGACGAUGUCAUGCGUCUUCAGUCAACGGUAACGAGUCUUUCGAAAGCGGGACGCCAGUGGACAAUUGAUGUCACGUCGGAGAUGGAUGGGGACUACGAAGAAACGUUUGAUCGUGUAGUGAUUUGCAACGGCCACUUUGCCACGCCCGCGAUGGCGGUUAUCAAGGGCAUGGAGCAUUUCAAGGGCGUUGUAUCCCACUCGCGAUCAUACCGCACGCCCGAGUCGUACAAGGGCAAGCGUGUGGUGCUCAUCGGCCGAGGACCGUCGGGGGAGGACAUUUCGCUCGAGCUGGUUGAGAAUGGGGCUUCGGAGGUUAUCGUAGUGGACCCGGAGUAUGAUCCAUGUGCCAUCAUCGACAGCCAGGACCGGCGUCUGCGGAAACCUGUCAUUGAGCGCAUUGCCGAAGAUGGCUCGGUGAUGUUCACGGACGGGUCUUCGAUCGCCGCGCCCGAUGAGAUCAUGCACUGCACUGGAUAUUUGUACACGGCGAAGCAGCUGGUUCCAUCUGAACUCCUAUUCCCGGACGCCUUUGUCCAGUCUGCUGCUGUGGACAAGGAGCUUGCGCAUGAUCUGCUUGCGUGCACGACACGUGGAGAUGCCGUGGCACCCUUGUAUAAGCACGUGUUUGCCAUCGAGGACCCCAGUGCCGCCUUUGUUGGGCUUACAUUUCACAACCUACCAUUCCUCUGUUUCCAGCUGCAAGCUCGCUGGAUCGCGCGUGUGUUUGAUGGCUCGGUGGCUCUCCCUUCAAAGGAUGACAUGUACGAAGAUUUCUACGCCUAUCUGCGCACACUGGAAAAAGGUGCAAGGAAGCUUCACGAGCUAGAAGCUCGCCAAAGGGGGUAUUUCACUGAGAUGGCUGCUCUAUCGGACACGGUGGUGGGAGAAGAGAUCUACGAAAUGUGUGACGAUGCUGGCUUCCUGCGAAAGGAGUUCCCGUACAGCUACCGUGCUGCCGAGUUCGGGCAGGACUCGUCGACAGGAAAGUGGGUUCGCCGUUUCAAGUCGAGUGACUCGUCUCCAGAACGUGUGAAGGAAUUCUCGGGCUGA